AGUAAAGAAAAAAAAGUGUGUGUGUGUGUCCUGUUGGUGGUUUAAAAUCGAGUUGGGACUUCCUCUUUGAACAGUUGCCUUUUCCUCUCACACAAGGGCGAUCUCAUCUUGUCUGAGACUAGAUUCAGUUGAAACAAACCACACACCAACGAGAGGGUAAUGAUGGCUAAGAAGCCCCCAAAACCAGCCCCUCGCAGGAUCUUCCAAGAAAGGUCAAAGAUUACUGCUCUACCCUUGUACUUUGAAGGUUUUUUAUUAGUCAAGCGGUCAGAAUACCAGGAUUAUAAACAUUACUGGACAGAGCUGAGAGGAACUACACUUUUCUUUUAUACUGACAAAAAAAGUACAACAUAUGUUGACAAGUUAGACAUAAUAGACCUCACAUGCCUUACUGACCAGAAUUCAACUGAAAAGAAUUGUGCAAAAUUCACCCUUGUUUUGCCAAAAGAGGAAGUGCAAUUGAAGACAGAGAACAGAGAAAGUGGGGAAGAAUGGAGAGGCUUCAUUCUCACAAUAACAGAGCUGUCAGUUCCCCUACAUGGGUCACUCCGUCCUGGGCAAGUAAUUAGACUGCAUGAAGUCCUAGAGAGAGAAAAGAAAAGGAGGAUUGAGACAGAGCGGACAUCGAGUUCAUUUCCGGAAAAAGGGAAGGAACCAAUUGAAGAUUAUGUGGACGUAUUGAACCCUAUGCCAGCAUGUUUUUAUACAGUAUCCCGGAAAGAAGCAACAGAGAUGCUUGAGACGAACCCUUCCUUGGGAAAUAUGAUCCUGAGGCCUGGUAGUGACAGCAGAAACUAUUCUAUCACCAUCCGGCAGGAGACAGCCCUGCCAAGAAUCAAGCACUACAAAGUGCUGAGUGUAGGAAAAAACUACACGAUUGAAUUGGAAAAACCUGUAACACUCCCAAAUCUUUUCAGCGUCAUUGAUUAUUUUGUGAAGGAGACUCGAGGAAAUUUACGGCCAUUUAUAUAUUCAACUGAUGAAACCCUUGCAUCUUUUGCAAAGCAGAGUCUUAAAUUUUGAUGAAGUACAAUUUAUCAAUUUUUGCUUCUAUGGAUUGAACUUUUGGUGUUGUAGCUGAGAAUUCUUUGCCUAACCCAAGAUCAUGAAGACUUUUUUCUUAUGUUUUCUUUUAGAAGUGUUACAGUUUUAUUUAUUUUUGGCCAUACCAUGCAGCUUGUGGGAUCUUAGUUCCCCGACCAGUGAUCGAACCCAGGCCCUGGCAGUGAAAGUGCUGAGUCCUAACCACUGGAUCGCCAGGGAAUUCCUAGUUUUAUGUUUUAAUUUAGGUCUAUGAUCCAUUUGGAAUUUUUGUUUAAGGUGUGAGG